AUGCGUGGUUCGUUCUCCCCUGCACUUCCCUGCUCCCCUUGUCCCGCUCCCGCUCCCUUAUCCUGCUCGUACCCUACUCCUUUUCCUUCGCCCACCGUCUCAUCUCUCCCGCACGUCUCCUUAUCCUUCUACUUUUUCUCAAUAUCAGCCCCUGCGCCACCCACCCCCGACACCAUCCGCACGCCGGACGCCGUCGGCCAGCCUGGGAGCGAAAAAUUUCACCCCGGAUACCCCAACUUCCCCGGAUAUCAAGGAUACCCCGGAGAGAAGGAGGACGGUAACAAGGGUGGUGGCAAAGACUGGCCAAAGGAUGGUGGAAAGGAUGGUGGAAAGGACGGGGGGAGGAAGGACAAUGGGGAGAAGGAUGAUGGCAAGAAGGACUGGCCGAAGGAUAGUGGGAAGAAGGAUGACGGAAAGAAAGACUGGCCCAAGGAUGAUGGGAGGAAGGACGAUGGGAAGGAUUGGCCCAAGGAUGGAGGGAAGAAGGAUGAUGGGAAGAAGGAUUGGCCUAAGGAUGAUGGGAAGAAGAAUGAUGGGAAGGACUGGCCUAAGGAUGAUGGGAAGAAGAAUGAUGGGAAAGGCUGGCCGAAGGACGAUGGAGAGAAGGAUUGGCCGAAGAAGGACGACGGAAAGAAAGACUGGCCUAAGGAUGACGGAAAGAAAGACGGGAGAAAGGACUGGCCGGGGAAAGAUUGGCCCAAAGACGACGGGAAGAAGGACGACAAGCCUUGGUGGAAGGACCACAAGGACGAUGGGAAGAAGGAUGAUGGGAAGGGCUGGCCGAAGGAUGAUGGCAAGAAGGAUUGGCCAAAGAAAGACUGGCCGGGGAAAGGUUGGCCCAAGGACGGCGGAAAGGACGACAAGCCUUGGUGGAAGGACCCCAAGGACGAUGGGAAAAAGGAUGACGGGAAGAAGGAUGACGGGAAGAAAGAUGACGGGAAAGGCUGGCCCAAGGACGAUGGAAAGAAGGACAACAAACCUUGGUGGAAUGAUCACAAAGACAAUGGGAAGAAGAACGACGGGAAGGACUGGCCAAAGAAGGAUAAUGAGCACUGGCAAAACGACGAUAAGAAGGACCACAAGGAGGAUUGGCCGAAGAAGGAUGACAAGGACUGGCCGAAGAAAGACGACAAGCCGUGGUGGAAGGAUGACAAGCACUAUGGGAAGGACCACGACAAGCACCCCGAGAAGGAUCACGGGAAGGACAAUGGGAAAAACGAUGGGAAGGAUUGGAAACCUUUCAAGGAGUGGAAGCCGUAUAAGGGCUGGAAGGGGAAGGACGAUAAGAAAGAUGACUGGAAAGAUGACAAGAAGGAGUGGAAGGACGACAAGGGGAAAGAUCACAAACACGAAUGGGAUAACAAGGACAAGGAUGAUAAGAAUAAGUGCUGGCUCUUUUAG